CUUGUGUCCCAACAACUUGCCUCUGCCUCCUCAUCCUCCUUUCCAACACCGUUCAAAUCCCAGUAAUGGAUCUCCCAAUAGCACUCAUUCUCACCUCCAAGGUACGUUGGCCUCUCCUCCUCCUCCUCCUCUUCCUCCUCCAAGCUGCUCUCUUUCCUCAGUGUUCAGGAAGCCAAACCGACCUGCUCGCUCUGCUUGCUUUCAAGGCAGCAAUAACCCACGACCCCAUAAGAUCCUUGAAGUCGUGGAAUGGAACUGCAUCCAUCUGUAGGUGGGCUGGCGUUUCCUGCAGUCCUCGGCACCAGGAGAGGGUCGUCGCCUUGGUCCUCGAGUCCAUGAGCCUUGGAGGCUCUAUAUCCCCUUCCAUUGGAAACCUCACCUACCUUGCUCGACUCCACCUCCCCGGCAACAAGCUCCGCGGUGUCAUCCCCUCGGACAUUGGCCGUUUACGUCACCUCAAAGACCUCAACUUGAGCUUCAACUCCCUGGCCGGAGCCAUCCCACCUUCACUAGGCAAUCUUUCAUCUCUCCAGCGACUCGAUCUGUCGAGCAACAAGCUUACUGGAGAGAUGCCACCUUCCAUAGGGAACCUUUCCUCUCUGGCCUACCUUGACCUUUCAAACAAUAGCCUCAUUGGGCCCAUACCACCAAAGAUAACGAAGCUCCUAAACCUCAGUUAUCUUGAUUUAUCCAGCAACGGUCUUGCUGGAGGUAUUCCACCGUUGUUAGGUAGAAUCGAGGCUCUAUCUGUUCUUGCUCUAGCGAGCAACAGUCUCACAGGGAUCAUCCCUCCUUCGGUGGGGGCCCUCAGCUCUCUCACCUACCUCGAUCUCUCUAGGAAUAGCCUCGAUGGAGAACUCCCUCCAUCAUUCACCAAUCUCUCGCAUCUCGUCGUUCUUGAUUUGUCGGCAAACAAUCUCCAAGGCCACCUUCCGGAGGAUCUAGGCCGCCUCACCAGCCUCCAGUUUUUUCAAAUUUCCGUCAACAAAAUAUCCGGCACCAUUCCAUUGUCGAUCUACAAUAUCUCAUCUUUGCAAACUUUGAAUGCUGUAGAUAACCAUCUGUCAGGAACACUUUCACCUGAUAUCGGCAACGCUCUUCCUAACCUUCAGCAGCUUCACCUGGUCGGGAACCAGCUUGAAGGACCAAUCCCUAUCUCGUUAGCAAACGCUUCAGGACUUCACGUAAUCGAUCUUAGUCGCAACAAAUUCAGUGGAGGGAUACCCGCAAAUCUUGGAAGCCUACAAGAUCUCUCUUGGCUUUCUUUAGGUCGGAACAUGCUUAAGGCUAGAGAAGCCAAUGAUUGGGCUUUUAUUUCUUCCCUGACAAACUGUAGUCAACUAGGGUUUUUGGGCCUAACCGACAAUGAUCUUAGUGGCACGUUGCCCAUCUCAAUAGCUAAUCUGUCGACCCAGCUCUACAGUUUAACCAUGGGGCAAAACCGGAUACAUGGAACCGUUCCUCCUGGAAUUGAGAACUUGGUGAACCUGAAUUUGUUGGAACUUCAACAGAAUGUUCUUAGCGGCAGCAUUCCUGAUUCUGUUGGAAGACUUAGAAAACUAGAUGCUCUGGUCUUGUUUAGCAACAACUUUUCAGGGGCUAUCCCAACCUCCAUUGGCAACCUCACCCAGUUAAGUGAGCUUUAUUUAGAUGGGAAUGACUUGCAAGGAGGCAUACCAGGGAGUCUUGGGAACUGUCAGAGUCUGAACACAAUAGAUCUUUCUGGCAAUCAGCUUAGUGGGUCCAUUCCUGGAGAAGUACUCAGCCUUUCCUCCUUAUCUUACUAUCUGGGAUUAUCCAGUAAUUUCUUGUAUGGGCUGCUUCCAGCUUCAGUAGGCAAGCUGAUCAAUCUUCAGACUCUGAAUAUUUCCAACAACAGAUUGUCAGGUGAAAUUCCAACAACAAUUGGAGAUUGUCUGGAGUUGGAAUACCUGUAUUUAGGUGGGAACUUCUUUCAAGGAUUCAUUCCUUCAUCAUUGGGCAACUUAAAGGGCAUCAUAGUGUUGGAUCUUUCACUGAAUAAUUUGUCUGGGCCCUUCCCAGAUUUUCUAGCGGACCUACACUAUUUGCAGCAUCUAAACAUAUCUUUCAAUGAUCUUGAUGGUGAAGUGCCAAAGGAGGGAGUCUUCAAUAAUGCUAGUGCAAUUUCCAUCCUCGGGAAUGACAAAUUAUGUGGGGGUAUCUCGGAUUUGCAUUUACCCGCAUGUCCAAGUCAAACAUCAAAGAAGAAGAAGUCCCUUGUGCUCAAAAUAAUUGUCCCAAUUAUUUGUGGAAUCUUGUCAUUGAUCCUGUUAUCUAGUUUGUUGAUCACCAGUUAUUUGAAAAGAAACUCAAAGAAGUCUUCGUAUUCGACUCCCUCGAUGGAUCUACUUAAAAAAGUUUCUUACACGGAGUUGAGGAAAGCAACUAAUGACUUUUCAUGCAGUAAUCUGAUUGGCAAAGGAACUUUUGGUUCUGUAUAUAGAGGGAUUUUGGGUGAUGAUGAAACUGUUGCAAUUAAGGUACUUAACCUCCAAUUGCAAGGAGCUUUCAAGACCUUCAAGGCAGAGUGUGAGGCCCUGAGAAACAUCCGACAUCGCAACCUUGUGAAAAUCAUAACGACCUGUGCGAGUGUUGAUUCCAGAGGAAAUGAUUUUAGAGCUCUCGUGUUUCAAUUCAUGCCUAAUGGGAGCCUAGAGAAGUGGUUGCACGCUCGAUCAGAUGAGAAAUUUCAUUUGAAGAAACUAAGCCUCAUUGAGAGGCUGAACAUAGCAAUUGAUGUGGCUGCUGCACUGAAUUACCUUCAUAACCACUGUGAGGUACCAAUUAUUCAUUGCGAUUUAAAGCCAAGCAACAUUCUUCUUGAUGAUAGCAUGACUGCUCAUAUGGGAGAUUUUGGGCUAGCAAGGUUCCUUCCUGAAAGCACCGACAAGUCAUCUAGAGAUCCAUCUAGUACUAUGACAUUUGCUGUAAAGGGGUCUAUUGGAUACAUUGCUCCAGAGCAAGGGAUGGGAGGCCAAGUCUCUGUUCAAAGCGAUGUUUACAGUUACGGGAUCCUUAUGCUGGAGAUCUUUACUGGGAAGAGACCUACAGAUGACAUGUUUAAAGAUGGUCUUACUCUUCAAAAAUUCGUUGAGGACGAAUUCUCAAAAGGUUACCAGGUCACGAUGAUUGUGGAUCCAUCCUUGUUUUCACAAGAGAGUGAAGAAAUGCUACAUGUAAAUCAAGGUGGAAGACAAGCAUGUGAAAGGAUCGAAAGGUGCUUGAUUGCUGUACUUGCAAUUGGUCUUUCAUGCGCCAAGGAGUCACCAGGAGAGCGCAUGGAGAUAAAAGAUGCUAUGACUCAUCUGCAGGCAAUCAAGACUCUGCUACCAAUGCCCAACAUCUGAAGUCUUGGGUGGUUGCCUGAUGAAUGCAAUAGCAAGCUGUGAUGUUUUGAGUUUGAUAUUGUGUAAUUUUACAUAUUUGUGUGAUGCUCUUUGGGAAAAAAACAAGCUACUUAUAGACCUUUUAUUUUCUCUGGAAUUUCGUUUUUAAAUGCCUUUUAGAAGAA